AAGGAGCCCAAACCACUGACAGGUUUAGUUCGCUGUCACAUGGUGCCCGGACCAACAACGCUGGAUAAAGCUUGAUUUUGUUCAGAGAUUUUAAUUCCCGGAUUGCGACGGCUGUGCGGACAUGGGAGGCAGAGGGGAGGUGGUGGUGCUGAGCAGAAUUGAGCCCAAAAUGCAGUUACCCGUCACCGGACUACAUCGUUUCAGGCUCCGGCCGCACCAUAACCCUGCGUGGGGGAAAAAGUAUGCGAAGACGACACUGAGCAGGAAAAGCACCAGAGAUUCCAGCCCCACCGAGAUGAGCGUGGAGCCCUGGGCCAGCCCGCAGGACCAGGCAGCCUCUGAGGACGCUCACAGCUCACACUCGCCACCCUCCCAGGACCAGGAGCAGCCGGAUAAACUGUGCCUGGAGUCGUUCUGGAGCGAGGUUGAGACCAUCCGACAGGGGUGUGGCGAGGCAGAUCUCGACCCCACCAGGAGAGACUCCAGACAGUCAGAAGAGGGAGAACAGGAGGAGCAGUGGCUGGCCGACGCUGGCUUAUCCACCCUUAUCAGCGAGGACAGCGAGGAUGUAGACAAGGCCGUGCUGCUCUCCACCCUGACCCGGACGCAGGCGGAAGCUGUUCAGCGUCGCCUGGAUUCCUACACGUUAUCCCGCCGCAAAAAGAACAAGCAGUCACCCCGAGACGUUCGGGACAUCUUCAGCUCCCCCAUCGCUCAGACCAUGCUGCCAGAGUCUCAGAACAGCAAAGAGCUUCCCCAGAAUAGUAUGGCAUCAGUUGCCAAAAUGCCUUUUUCAGCGGUGACACCAGAGCGCCAGCGGGGCGCCCCUAAAGAGGAGUUCCUCAUCACUGACAUUGCUUACUGCGAACAAGCCGUGAUCUUCAUGAAACAAGCCAAAUUUCCACUGAACAACGUCCCACACAGGAAAGAAGACGGCACCCUACCUCGGGUGAUCUGCCCAAAGUGCCGCCUCGGAGUGACUCGUAUUCAAGAUCUCUCCCACGCUGACAUGAAGAAGGUUCGGCAGUUGGCUCUCAUCGACAUGACGGCGCUCUGCGACCUCCUAGAGCUGGAGGUUAAAAGACACAAAACGGGAAGGAGGAAAAUUGCAGAGAGCACACUAAUAGGUGUACCACUUGCCACACUGCUGGAACACGAUCAGAAACUGAGAGCAAACACCUCUAUUCCUAUCUUCCUGCAAACGCUGCUGUCCUUUCUGGAGAAGAAAGGUGUCGAUUCAGAGGGGAUCCUGCGGGUUCCAGGAUCUCAAUCCAGGAUAAAGCUGCUGCAGCAGAACUUGGAGGCCAACUUCUACUCAGGACAUUUCAGCUGGGAUGAAGUGAGUCCAAAUGAUGCCGCUGCACUACUGAAGAAGUUCAUCCGAGAGUUACCGGAUCCGCUGCUGACUGCAGAAUACCUCAACACCUUCAGCGCUGUGAGAGACAUCACAGAGCUGAGGCAGAAGCUGCACAUGUUGAACCUGCUCGUUCUGCUGCUCCCUGAGCCCAACAGGAACACACUGAAGGCCCUGCUGGAGUUCCUGAGUAAGGUGGUUAACAGAGAGAAGAAGAACCGGAUGAAUCUGUGGGCCGUGGCGACCAUCAUGGCUCCUAACCUCUUCCUCCAUAAGGCCGUCCCAAGCCGCCUGACAGAAGGGACAGAGAAAGGACAGGCAGAGAAGGCAGCAGAUGUGAUGAGGCUUCUCAUCCGUUACCAGGACCUCCUCUGGACGGUCCCCAACUUCCUCAUAAGCCAGGUGCGUAGGCUAAAUGAGAACAGUAACCGCCGCUACCAAUUCUACGAUCGGCGCAUCAAGAACCUGCUGAGAAAGAUCCAGCCAGACAGCAGAGAAAAACCUGAGAAGAACUCAGAGCCGCGUCGUACCAUAAGAAUCCAGGUGGAGGAUCUGGUGAACAGCACCAUGGAGUUUCAGCUCAACAUCAACUCCAGAACCUCGGACCUGCUCGCCCAGUUUUACCGUCAGUUCCUCCGCAGCCCGGAAAACGGGAAGGGGAAAAUGCGAAGAAACGGCUCUGUGGGAUAUCCAGACUGUGCCCUGUAUGAAGUGGGAGGGAAUAUCGGAGAGCACUGUUUGGACACCGAGACACACCUGCUGGAUCUGUACAACAGUAAUCCGGGAGGAGAAUGGAUCAUCAAAACGAAGCCCAACGGAGGCAGAGGGCAGUGACACAGGGGCCCGUUGGCCGACUGAUGGACAGACUGAGCACCAGAUUUCAGAGGAGCGAUGAAGUCAUUUUCCUCCAACCUCCUCAUCGCUUCUGCUCUUCCUCUGAGCAACAAGCAGGAAGCGGGGACAGAUGGAGCAGACAGAAGCAUUUAUCUGCCUGGAGCAGAGUUGAGAAAUCCUGAUCCCUGCUCUUUCUUUCCGCCUCUACUUUUCACUCCGUUUCUCUCCAUCUUCUCCCACUUCUUUCUCUCUUUGGACGAUCACUUCCUGCGUUGCUGCACUGCUGCAAGCAAAAAGCUGCUAACGUGACUCAUUACUUCCAGCAGAGAACCUGCUGCACAGAGAACGAAACAGAACAGCGAGGAGAUGGGGAGAUGGGGGGGAGGACAGUUGGCUUUAACGCAUUUUCUCUGAAGCGAUCAUCUCCGGCUACAAGCGAACAGAUGGGGAUGCAGAGCACCUCUGGCUAUCCUGAGCCCACCUCACCUCCACCUCAGCUCACGCCAGCUUCUGCUCCAACUACACAACGUUGUGGAUUUACUCCGAAGGGAGUACAAGGACAUAGGGGUAAUCUAACCAAAAAUGGAACCAACUAGUGCAGCGACCUAACGAGAUGUGUUGCUUAAUAGUUAAGAUGAGCACUUGGAAAGAAAGAAUAAAAAAAAAAAAUCUUCCAGCAGAUGGAGUUAAAAUAUUUUUCUGAAUACAACAUAGUUUUUACUAGAAAUGCACUAAACAUUCAGCCAGAGAUUGGGAUCUUUCAAUUUUUGCUCAACCAGCUCUGAUCAGUGAUCUGCAAAUCAAAUACUGGGGAAUCUGAUUAUUUCCCUCCCUAAUUUUAUAUCUCCAAACAGAGGACUCCUGCUAUUUCAUGUCUAUAAAUGAUUCAAUCAACAGCAAGUACUUUAAUGUCCUUUGAGUUUAUAAAAAUGAAAAAAAAGCUUACAGAAAGUAGAGACUUAUGCUUUAAAGCAUAAACAGAGAUUAUCUUGUCACUCCUUCAUCUUCUGUCCGAUUCAAAAGUGCUAGCUUCAUCAAAAAACCUGCUGCACAUAGUUAUCUUCUAUGUGGUAAUACAGAGUUGGAAUUGGUUCAGACCGGAAUCUGCAGAUCAGCCUUUUUUUUUUAGAAAAACAAAAGGAAAGUAAAUUGGAAAUCGGUAUUGGCCUGGAAGGGCCUGAUUGGUGCAUCUCUGCCUUCUAUCCGUCAACUUCAUCUGCUCCUGGAAAAAGCUAAUAAUUUAGAUUAUGUUGGAGAAAGGAGUGUUCAGGAGGAAAAAAGGUUCAUAAUUUUUGUGCAAUGUCAUUCACGACACACAGAAAACCCCUAUGUCCUUUUUAUUCUUAUUACCAAGCAGCAUGAGAACAUUCUGAAGCUGGAAGAGCAGAAGAUAACUAGGAAUUGCUUUUUUUAGAUUCAUCCAGAUCAGUUGGUUGAUUCUCCUCCUCGGUCACCUGCUGCUGUUGUGAAGUGACUCCUUUUAUCCAAGAAGCUGGCUCAACUUUGGACCUAAAAAUAAUUCUCCCACAUCGACUUGUUUGGUGUUGCUUCUUCAACGACAGACUUUGUACCUCUAAAGGGAGUUGUUAAGGACACGCGGUGAAGCUGGUCUUCAUUUGUAGUUUUUAAACGCAAGAAUGAAAGAAAACGACGCUGAAGUGACUCUUAAGGCACACUGACACUAUUGUAAUUAUGACUAUUAUUUAUAUAAUUGUUAAACAGUUGUUGCUUUGUUGUGAUUAUUGUGUUAGGUAGACUUGAGGAAAGUCGGCCCAUACUCGGUGUGGGGGAUCUAACAUCUUUCCAUAUUUUUUAAAUGGAUCUCUUUCCAGCUGUAAUUCUGAUGCUUUUCCCCGUGUAAAUGUGCACACUGUGCCGUGACGAGGCGUCUGUCCAGAACCAGGACUGUUUGGCUUCCUGAAGCUUUUCCAAACACACACACACACACACACACACACAAGCAGCAGACGAAUGUUUCAACGUUUCGCGCCGCUCGUCAGAAGACAAUUGCUUUUGCACCUUGCAGCCGGAGCCAUGUUGUGGCGCCGCGGCCAUUUUGUCGGAGGGGGCGUGUCUCUCUCAGGCUGCACUCCAUAAACGUCAUAAUGACAAGCGGGGCCCCCUGCACCAAAAUCCAUCAACGCCCUCUGCUCCAUCUCUGUCACCUACCCCAUAAUGGACCAUAAUGGCAGCAUCAGAAACGCAUAGAGGAAUCACAUUUCUCUGAUAAAGCAGGAGGUAAUAAAUGGAUGUUAUAAAUUCUCCCCCCUCACCACCACAGACUUGAUGACCGCAGUCUGUGUGUGUGUGUGUUUGUGAGUGAUGGGCUUCACUACACGCAUCCAAUGGGCCAAUUGCCGGGUCCUCCUGGGCACAGUUCAGUGGUUCGGCACAAAGCGACCCGAUGGGACGGCCUUCUGCUGGCGGUCAGGAGAACGGGGUCACCUCUGAAGCGGCUUCCCAAAGGGAGAAAACGCGGCAUGAACACGCCACCAAGUGGUGUCACCUCUUCACAGUACGAGAGAGACUUUUUUUUUUUUUUUGUGUUUGUGUAAACAUGAAUGUGUUUGUGCGCGCGUGUGAGAAAGAAGCUCUGAAACAGUAUUAGUACCUAGCAGAAAAGUGACCGGAACGCUUGUUUCCUGCUGAUGUAAAUUUAAGACGUCGGCCAGAAGACGUCAGAAUGUAUAUUUAUGCCCUUUACAUUGUUUUUAAAACGCGUCUGUGAACAUACCUUUCUGUAGAAAGAAAAAAAAACUUUUGAAAACUGUUCAAUCUUUGGCAAUAAAUGUGAGCCUAAUGCUGUGCUGGA